AUGUCUUCGCCAAAUGAUGUCAGUAUGGAAGAAAUACCGCUGGAAGAUGAUGAGCGAGACAGCAUAGAAUACAAGAUCCUAAUGGCCUAUGCCCAGCGGCGGCUGUCUGUCAGUAAAUAUGGGAAACUUCUGAAAAAUGAGGCUAACGUGCAGAAAUCAUUGUCCUUAACAAGGAGAAAAGUAAAGACUGACCAUCAAAGGGAUAAAAAUGGACCAAACCAAAUAGUUCGUCAGGGUGGCAUGGUGCAAGUGCAGGGCAAAAAGCAAUCGAAAAGAACAUACUUGCCAGGAUACUGUCUACCUUUUCUCUGCGGCAGAGCAGAGCAGGAAAAGUCCCCAACGCUGUCAUUGCACCAACAUUGCGCAGCACGUUUCUCCAUUUCUGAGGCACAAUCGGACAGCCUUCAAGAAGGGAAUUCUCAGCGUCAGACAAGUGAAACAGCAGACGUCAACCACAUUGCAGACAAACUUGCCAAGCUUGUUACUUCCAGAUCCCAGGAAUCUCCUUCAGAUGUUUCAUUCAAGAUAAUGUGUCAUGCCCCAUGCCGGGAACAAGACGAUAGCGAUCCUACUGAAGGAAAUGAGGGUGAGGAACAUGAUGAAGAAAAGAUAAUACAAACAAUAGUUUCACUGUUAAGACAAUCAGGGGACCAACUAGAAGAAAAGAUCAAAAAGGACAGGGUUUUCUAUCAGCAUUUUAAAGACAUGCUGUCCUACACCUUCUUCAAGAGGAUCACUGAUUUGUUCCUGGAGGAUGUCUCAGCAGAUUCAACAAGUAAACCAGGAGACCAAGUACAAUGCACGAAAGUUGCCUUUACAAUGGAAGUUGCCACCAGACUUACCGCUGUGGACAACCAUCCUAUGAACCUGGUCUUGGGCUUCGGAUCAAAGUACCUCAAAGAACACUUCAAGCCGUGGAUUCAGGACCAAGGUGGCUGGGAGAAGGCUUUGACUUCACUGGAUCAGGAAGAAGUAGAGUAA